AUGUCGACAGCUGGUUUCUCAAACUCUUCCAAUAGCAUAUCAUCAGUGACCUCAGACAAGUCAAUGACUGCAGCCUCCAGUAGGGCAUUAAUGGCGGAUGAGCCAUUGUGCCCUAAUACAAUUGGUCUGGUUGUACUUCCACUUCUACUACUACAGUUACAGUUGGUAGGGUUGGCUAGCGGAUCGAUUAGUGUAUCCACUGCUGCUGCUGCUGCUGCUGCUGCUGGGUACUGA